ACUAAAAAAGAUCUUAUGCUUAUGAGGGAGAAAAAGAAACAGAAGGCACUGGAGAGGGAGAUUUGGGCAUUAGUGAGAGAGCGUGGAGAGCAGGAGAAAAAACUUCAGGCUCUGGAUGAGGAUUUUGUGAAGACUGAAGCAAAGGUGAGUGCUGCAGUUCAGGAGAAAACAUCUCUUUCAGCAACUGUUGCAUGCCUAAAAAAACAGCUUCUGGAACUAAAAAGAAGCAAUGACCUACUGAAGUCAAAGCUGUCUGAAGAUGGUGUGCAAAAGGAAAAGAGCAGGAAGUUAAUGAAGUUAAUGAAGCUCAGAAACGUGAGGCAUGCUAAGGAAAAGACUGCCUGCAGCUUCAUUUCCACGUUUUCCUGCUUUGCAAGUGAAGUGCAAAGGAAUCUAGAACAUUCAAAAGGAAAAGUAGCACAGUUAGAAGAAAAACUGUCUGCUGCCGAGAGAGAGAAAGUUGUAGAAAAGUCUGACCCUGAAAACCUCCUAGAAUCCAUCACAGAGCUCAGUAGUGUUACAGAAACUGCUGAGAAAUACAAAGCCAAUGUUGCUCAGCUGGAGGAGACACUGAUUAAGAAAGACCAAGAUAUUGAGAUCCUGAGGGAUUCCCUCAAAACAAAAGAGGAAUCAUGUAAACUGAUGAAAGAACUUAAUGAAAAGUGUCAAUUGCUUCAAGAAGAAAAAGAGAAAGAGUUGUCUGAGACCAGAGGAAAAUUCCUGAGUAUAAAUGCUGAAAUAGGAGACCUGAAAAAAAAAAUUGUUUUGGAGGAAGGGCAACACAAAAAACUGCUUCAGAAACAUGAGGAGGUUGUCUCUCAGCUGCAGCAAGAGAAGGAGUCAUCUGCAUCAACACAGCAGAGGUUCCUGGAGUUGCAGGAUGAGGCAACAAGGGAGAGACUUCUUCUUGAAGAAGUGCUGAAUGAUCCCAUGAAUGAGCUGAAUAAAUUACAUGCAAAGGAGAAGAAAGCUGAAAAGUCGGUGAAGCAAUUGGGACAAGAAAUCAAAUCUCAAGGCCUUGAACUUGCACAGAUGGAAGAAAAGUUGAAAGGGAAAAAUGCUGAGUUGGAGCAAGUUGAUGAAAUUCAUGGCAGUGCUGUAUUGCAAAUCCAAGAGCAGCACAGGAAUACACUGGAGAAACUUGGAGAGACUGUUGCUGACUUCAAAAGCUACAAGAAGACAACAGCUGAAGAAAUCUGCUGUCUUAAACUGGACAAUCCCUCUCUGCAAGAAGCAGUUGCCAACCUUAAAAAAGUAGGCCAAGAGAAUCAGCAAUUGCUUCAGGAAGCAGAACACACUAAGAACAAAGCGAAAGAAGAAUGUGCAAGGGUGCUUUUAGAAGUCCAGACCAAGCUCGCACUAAAAGAAGCAGAAACAGAGAGAACAAAAGAGUCUUUCCUGAAGUUUAGUCAUUUGUGCAAGGCAAAACUGGAAGAGCAAACUGAAGAACUGAAAAGGGAACUUGAAGCAGAAAGGUCAAGGAAAUCCAUAAAUGAAGAUGUGACCUCAAGCUUAAAAAAAGUUUUGUUAUAUAAAUCUUCCUAUAGAUUACGCCAGAUUCAAUUUGUAUUUCAGCAGCAACUAAAUGCAUUGGAAGCAGAGAGGAAUGCACUCUUACAGGAGCACGGUGCUGCCCAGGAAGAACUGAAUAAACGAAGUGAUGCCUAUGCUAAACUGCUUGGCCACCAGAAGCAAAAAAUCAAGCAUGUUAUGAAGUUGAAGGAAGAGAAGAACCACCUGAAGCAGGAUGUCUCCAGACUGCGUGUGCUGCUAUCCAAAGAAAAGCAAACCAACAGAGACCUCCAGGAGCAACUGUGUGCAGUCCAGGGCAUCAAGCAUCAUAUUAAUGCAAAUAUCCAGAGCCUUACCUGCUCCAUUCCCAGCAGCAUUUCAG